AUGUCGGAAAUUAUUCGAUAUGUCUAUAUAGCUAAUGGAAAAGUGAAGAUAGAAGAAAGUUUUAUUGACUUCAUUAUUACUGAUGAAAAGACCGGCGAAGGAUUGGCAUCUGAUAUAAUGAAGAAAUUACAAGAUGAUCAGCUCGAUAUUCAAGAUGCAAGAGGUCAAGGCUAUGAUAAUGGUGCCAAUAUGGCAGGAAAAUAUCGUGGAGUCCAAGCACGAAUUCAAGAAAAAAAUAAUCUCGCUCUUUAUAUACCAUGUGCAAACCACUGUUUGAAUUUGGAAGGAGUACAUUCUGCUUCAAUCAAUGCAGAAAUGAAACAUUUUUUUGUUAAAUCAUUUAACGAUCGUAUAAUAAGACAAAAUAUUGUUCAUUGA